ACGAAAAAUCAACCCCUAGUGAUUUGUCUGUCAUUUCGAUUUUCCUGUGCUCCUAUUAAAAAAAAUAAAAUAUAAAAAUUUUCACUUUUAUUUUUCAUGGAAAAACUUGAUAACAAAACUUUACAAUAAAAUACAAAAUUAAUUUCCCAAUUUACCAACAUAAAAAAACCAACACUCUAACUAGUGCUCGGAACUAGCCCCCCCAAAAUAUAGUUCACACCACAAAAAAAACUUUAUGUUUGCGUUUUGUGUGUUUUGGGUGAAAAAUUUAUAUUAUUAAAUGUAUAAGAGCGCAUGCAAUGCAGCGACAACGGGCUCGUGCGCUGAGCCCGAUCACGACCACCAACGUGAAUCGGCUCUCAUAUCGCAAGAGCCCCCCACAGCACCAAUCGAGCCCGAUUACAGUGGCUUCGAUAUAGUCAAGGCAACACAAUACGGUGCUAUUGCCCGUGUCAAAGAACUCGUCGAAGCUGGUUGGGAUGUCAACCAGCCCGACAGUGAGACUGUCACACUUUUACAUUGGGCAUCGAUAAACAAUCGUCGCGAUAUAAUUAAGUACUUCCUAGAAAAGGGUGCUAAAGUCGAUGCCAUUGGCGGAGAACUUAAUGCAACACCUUUGCACUGGGCCACACGCCAAGGUCAUUUGGGUGCGGUGGUUCUAUUAAUGGCCGCUGGCGCUGAUCCGAAGAUCAGAGAUGCCGAAGGUUGCUCUUGUAUUCACAUUGCAGCCCAAUUCGCUCACACUGCUUUGGUAGCGUAUUUCAUAGCCAAAGGCGUGGAUCCUGAUUCACAAGAUCGUGGCGGCAUGACUGCAUUGAUGUGGGCUGCCUGGAAGGUUUGUGCUCUGGAUCCAGUGCGUCUUCUAUUAACUCUGGGAGCGAAUCCGGCAAUAGUUGAUUAUACCCAUGGCAAUACGGCAUUGCAUUGGUCGAUCUUGGCACGCAAUAGCACUGCCAUUAGUACGUUAAUAUUGAAAGGGAAGAGUAGUUUGGAUGCACCUAAUUUGCGAGGUGACACUCCACUCUCGAUGUUAGAUUCUCAAACUGGCGCAAUAUGGAUUAGUCAGAAAGUAAUGGAACGUGUUCGUGAAUCGUCACAAGCAGUAUUGCGUCGCAGUUUGAUAUCCCGCCUAAAAAAUGACAAACGUCUGCGAUGGUGGACAAUGGCAGCAUCGCCUUUCCUCGCUUUUUAUUUAGCUGGAAUUGUAUUUGCGGCAAAUACUCUAUUUAUUAUUAAGUUCUUCCUGUUGGGUUGUUUGUAUGCAACUUUUCAUUCGAUUGGCAAGGCUCUGUUUGAUGAUCAUUUGAUGGCGUUGUUGCCGUUGAGUGUUUACUUGGCUACGAAACUAUGGUUUUAUGUAACUUGGUUGACUUAUAUUGUGGAUGCGGUAUCGACAACGGCAACACUUGGAUUUUUGUUCUGCUCGGGAUUGUUAUGGGUGUGUUUUUUGAAGUCGUGGAAGGGUGAUCCGGGAGUUAUUAAACCAACACAAGAACAACGAUUUAGGACCAUUGUAGAGCUUUCCGAACGUGGUGGAAUUGGUUUUGAACCAUCUUCCUUUUGCUCGGCUUGUUUAGUCAGAAGACCAAUUCGCUCCAAGCAUUGUAGCGUGUGUGAUCGAUGUGUUGCUCGUUUCGACCAUCACUGUCCAUGGGUGGGCAAUUGCAUUGGCCUAAAUAAUCACACCUACUUUAUGGGAUUCCUAUGGUGCUUGUUAAUAAUGUGCGGUUGGAUGUUAUACGGUGGAGCUAAUUUUUAUGUUAACGAAUGUCACGUUUCUCUAAAUAACGAUUUCCUCGAAAGUUUAAAUGACAUUGGCAAUUGCAAUGCAUGGGUCGGUUGGGUAAUGGCAAAUGCUUUGCUUCAUAUGUCCUGGGUGAUUCUAUUGACAGUUUGUCAAACCUAUCAAGUUAUUUGCCUUGGCAUGACCACCAAUGAACGAAUGAAUCGUGGCAGAUAUCGUCAUUUCCAAGAAAAGGGUGGCAAAAGUCCCUUCACUCGUGGACCGUUCCAUAAUUUAAUUGACUUUAUUGGUUGCUCUUGCUUUGGACUCUUCCAGCCACAAAAAAUCGAUUGGAUGCAAUUUUUCGAAUUCGAAAAGGGCAUCGAACACGAACCAUUGCUGUGCGGUGGUGGUGCAACAGAAAGUAACUAUCAGUAUGUGUAAAACUUAUUAUAAACUCAUGAAAACGGUUUAAAAGACAUUGACAUUUAAAUUGCUACUUGUCAAGGACAAAGGAGACGUUGCACUCUCAGUGUAAGAACUAAGGUAAAAGGUAUUUUAAAAUUAAAAUAUUAUAAAUAACAAUAUAAAAUAAUAAAUUAAAAAAAGUAAAAACAAACAAAACAAAAACAACAACAUCAAAAAAUGUUAAUAACAUCCAUUUUUAUUAUUCAGUUUAGAGUUUCGAGUCUUCGUAAUACAAAAAAAAAAACAAACAAACAAACUUAUGUUGCAUUUGUUAUAAAACGUAAUAAUUCAGGUGUCUAUAAUCAUUCUCAAAUAUUUUAUUUAUAUUUCUUCCAUUUUUAUUAAUUUGCUAAAUACUGUUUCCCUCUUUUGUUAUAUGUGUAGCAAUGUAGCAUCAUAUCAUUUGUAAAGUACCUAUAUACAAUUUAUUAUUAUCUUUUUGUAUGAUUAACCCCAGCGAUUUUUAGUUUUUUUUCUUUAUUCUUUUUUCAAUUUCUUUUUAAGUGUGAAAAAGAAAUAUUUAAAUUUACAUUUACACUCAUUAAAAUAUCGUAAACAAAUAACAAAAAUCGAUUUCAUUUGAUUGUAAAUAUCUUAAAAAAAAAAAAAAACAAAAAGAAAAACAAAACCCCUAUUGUACAAAGAAGUGAUUUUUUUAAAUUUUCGUUU